CGUUGAUGUCCCGCUCGGGGGCGGGGCAGGCACGAGAAGGCGUGCCCUGGCGGGAGCGGGAACUUGCGCGUGGCCGCGUGCCAAAAAACUGCAACGCGAGAUCGAAUCUCGGUCCCGCCAGAGGCGCUAAGAUAUGAGCAGGACAUACGCCGCGCAUCAUGCUGCUGAGGCACAGCUAUCGACCACCCGCCAUUAUACUAAUAGGCCCAUGCCUGUCCCCGCUAGCUGCUAAGCCCUGCUUCAGUCCACCUCCACUAUGUCGGUCCGCCAUAGCCCCUCGUUCAACUCCGACGAGAAGGAGAAGGGCUACACUCAAGAUGCGGUCGACGUCGCUGAGCACGCCCCCGAGGCUGUCAUCGUCAAGCGCUAUGGCCCCCUCGGCCCUAUCCUGGAGCGCAUGUUUGCUCAUGGUGUCGAGGCAAGAGGUGUUGAGCGUGUCCCGGAGGAUCAGAGGUCGUCGAAGAACCAGUACAACAAUUUCUUGAUGUGGUGUUCGGUCAACACUGUCCUGACAACGAUCCCGAUCGGAGUGUUGGCUCAGGAAUACUACACAUUGACUCUUCCACAUGCCAUUGCCACUAUUAUGUGCUUCGGCGCCCUGGGUGCCCUUACAGUGGCAUUCAUCAGCACUCUGGGACCCCAAACUGGCCUUCGAACCAUGAUGAUCGCCCGGUAUAGCUCUGGCUAUGUCGGCGGUAUCAUUUACUCCGUGCUCAAUCUCCUCACUCAACUCGGCUUCUCCGUCACCGCCGUCAUCCUCGGCGGCGAGACGCUAGCGUCCAUCAACCCCGGCACACUCCCGCUCGUGGUCGGCAUCAUCAUCGUCGCCAUAUGUAGUUUGGUACCCUGCUUCAUUGGCUACGAGAUGGUGCACAUAUACGAGCGGUAUGCAUGGAUGGUCAUGACAAUAGUCAUGCUCUUCCUAUGGGGCCUUGGAGGCAAAGCCGGGUUCGACAUCAACACGCAGAAGCCGCUUGAAGCUACCGGCAGAGCACUCUCGGGCGAUAUCCUCAGCUUCGGUGGUAUCAUCUUCGGGUCCUUCUCUGGGUGGGCACCCGUCGCAGCGGACUAUAACUGCAGGCUCCCUGUUGAUACUCCGAGCAUCAAGGUGUUCUUGCUCACCUUCUUUGGGCUCUGGAUUCCCAUCUGCUUUGUGGAGAUCUUGGGUGCCGCCCUCAUGACAAUUAGCGAUCCCGCUUUUGCAGAUGUCAUCGCAGCUGGCGACACCGGCGGCCUGCUCUCGCAAGUGCUCUCGCCAUGGAAGGGCGGGGGCAAGUUCGUACUUGUCCUACUCUCCUUCUCCGUCGUCGCGAACAACAUCCCAAACACGUACUCCGCGGGCAUCUCCGCGCAGGCCCUCGGGCGGCCCUUCGCGAUGGUGCCGCGCUUCGUGUGGGUCUUCCUCGCGUUCGUGACAUACACCGUCGCGGGCGUCGCUGGGCGCGAGCACUUCUCCGAGAUCCUGUCGAACUUCCUGAGCAUCCUCAGCUACUGGACCGCGUUCUUCAUCGUCAUCGUCGCGGAGGAGCACUUCAUCUUCCGCCGCAAGAACGGCCCGCUUGGUGGGUACAACUUGGAGGACUAUGACACGCCGAGCAAGCUCCCUGUUGGUAUCGCGGGUGUACUUGCGGGCUGCUUCGGUGUUGCUGGCGCGGUUGUCGGUAUGUCGGAGGUGUGGUACACGGGACCACUUGGCAUGGACGCCGGUGCCGAUGGAUAUGGCGCCGACCUUGGGUUCGAGCUUGCCGCUGCUUUUGCUGCCGUCAUGUUCCCGCCACUGCGGUGGUUGGAGAUCCGCCUCACUGGGAGGUAGUAUCGUGUGGUCAUAUAAGCUGUUGUGUGUACUGUCUUAAUGGAUUAAUCCAUGUCGCUGAUGAUCUGUUUGUCCGCUA